GUCCCCGCUGGGAGUCGCGGUGCAUUGUGGGAAGGCAGUAAGAUGGCGGCGCCCGUUAGCCGGACUCUGUCAGGGUUGGCGAGGGGCUGGCGGAGAUUCGAAAGGAUAUGGACAGGUAGCCUGGGUUUUCGCAGCCUUGCCCUUGAGGCCGCCCCCUCAAGAAGCGAGUCCCCAUGGCGCUUGUUGGGCGCGUUGUGUCUGCAGCGGCCACCGCAAAUAUCCAAACCGCUGACCCCACUGCAGGAAGAGAUGGCAGCUCUGCUGCAGCAGAUAGAAAUAGAGAACAGCCUGUAUUCAGACCAUGAGCUUCGAGCUCUAGAUGAAGCCCAGCGACUGGCAAAGAAGAAAGCUGACCUUUAUGAUGAAGAACAAGAUGAAAAGGAUAUAUUGCUUGUGCAAGAUUUGGAAGAUAUAUGGGAGCAGAAAUUUCUACAGUUCAAACCUGGAGCUCGUAUAACAGAGGCUGAUAAAAAAAAUGACCGAACCUCAUUGCAUCGGAAGCUGGACAGUAACCUUAUCCUGUUAGUUAGAGAGAAGCUUGGAGCUGAGGAUGUUUGGAUGCUGCCUCAGACAGAAUGGCAGCCUGGGGAGACCCUCCGAGGGACAGCUGAGCGAACCCUGGCUACGCUCUCAGAAAACAACAUGGAAGCCAAGUUUCUAGGAAAUGCACCUUGUGGCCACUACAAGUUCAAGUUCCCCCAGGCAGUGCGGACAGAGAGUAACAUUGGGGCCAAAGUCUUCUUCUUCAAAGCACUACUACUAAGUGGAGACUUUUCCCAGACCAGGAAGAAAGGCCAUCAUGUGUGGGUCAGUAAGGAGGAGCUGGGUGACUAUUUGAAACCAAAAUACUUGACCCAGGUUAGGAGAUUUCUUUUGGACCUCUGAUGGACUGAGCUGCCUGUGGACAAUGCUCAGACAAGUCAUGGGUUAGGGCUUUAAGGACAUUUGUAUGGUGGCCCCACAUUUGCCGGGAAUGUCAAGCAGCAAACUAAAUUCUGAGAAUUAAAUGAGUCUGUCGU